CUCCAGCGCGCUCGACGUCCGCAUACGGUCUCGUAUUCCCACCCGUCCCCGUCGCGAAGCGUCGAGGUUCGCGCCGGCCUCGAUAUCCGGUCAAGGCUUCAAUUGGAUUUUUAUAAGAUGGCGACUGCGCGUAAGCGGCCACGCCCAGACAUAGAGGAGAGUCAGGCGGAAUGUCCCUUCAGCGUGGUCCAUCCCAACCCGAACGAGAAGGAAAAGAAGGCGAAGCGCAGGCGGCAAGAGUCGGAAGAUCAUCCUCAGCCUAAGAUCUUGCUACAAGCCUCGCCCUUCCCGCCGGUGGGCAAAUUCAAAGAUCCGAACAACACGAUGGACCGACAUUACCAAGUACUGCCAUAUCAAAGAUGGAUGGACAUGACCCGAUACAACAGUUUCGUCCUUAACGGCGUUAAAUACUGGAGCGAGGGCUUCAUAUUCGUCGCCAAUAGUUCCACUAUCGAACGUCAAAAGAACCCGGGAGAGGCCCUCCAACCCAGAAAGAGGUCAGACGAAGACUGGGUUGCGCGCAUCCUGGAGAUACGAGCGAGCGACGAGCAUCACGUCUACGCGCGCGUCUAUUGGAUGUAUUGGCCGGACGAGCUACCACCAGGGACACAGGACGGGAAGAAAUCGAUCCAGGGAAGACAAUGGUACCACGGCGCAAACGAAUUGAUUGCUUCUAAUCACAUGGACGUGAUCAAUGUAGUCAGCGUCACCGCCACGGCUCCUGUCCAUCAAUGGGACGAGACGAAUGAGGACGAAGUACAGUCGGCACUAUACUGGCGCCAGGCUUUCGACGUGCGCAGCAUGGAGCUCUCGGCGGCUGAGCUGCGCUGCAAGUGUAACCGGCCCGAGAAUCCGGACAAGCGAUUGUUCGGCUGCUCGAACGACGACUGCAAGAAAUGGCUCCACGACGAGUGCCUGAUCCACGAAGGUCUCAUGAAAACGUUCAAGCGCCUAGGGACCGACAAACCUCACAAGCCCGCGCCGUUGAAGGAGGAGGAAGGGGAGGAUGGCGCUCGACGACCCCUGAGUCCUAGCGAGUCGGGCGCGGCGCAGACGGCGGAGCAAUCCAUCGACGUCAAGCCAGAAGAGCAUCCGACGAUAAAACUGGCCGAUGUCGAGAACCCCCUACCCGUGUUUAAGGCGGAGAACGGGGCCAGCGUGUCGGUGGCGAGCAGUUCGGAACCAAAGCGGAGAGGGCGGCCACGUAGGUCUGAGCCCGAUGACCAACCGCCGGCUAAGCCGUACGAGGGACUUUUCGAGGCGGUCAUCCUAAACGAGUCGAGCCCGCCAAUGCUCGAAAUCACGGAUAUUCGGGGAGACGUUACAGGCGGAGAUAAGACGUGGACAGAGCCACUCUACUGUCUUAUCUGUGGGCAGGAGAUUGAGUGAUAUUAUGCGAGCACUAGUGCAAUGUAUUCAGUAUACAAGGGCGGUGACCUUGGGUUUGAUAAGUAUAUACCACCGACGUCACCGUGUCUUUUUUUUCCUUCUCGAA